AUGACGAUGCUAGAAAAGUUGAAGGUGGAAUCCGAGAAGACUGGCCUUAAAAUGAACAUUGGGAAAACUAAGAUCAUGAUCAACAUUCCUGAAGUCAGAAACUUCCAACUUCCCGCGGAAAGACUGAUUGAAUACAUAUAUUUGGGACAUAAGAUUAUACUGGGCUUUGAGAACCAUACAGCGGAAGUGGUACCGAUGAUCGCGCUGGCGUGGGCUGUAUUCUAUGCCAACAAACAAACGCUACGGGGAAAAAUACCCCAUCUCAAAGUCAGUCUUCGAGCAAUGCGCAGUGUCAUGCCCGUGCUUGUCUACGGUACGGAAACCAUGACUCUUGCACAGAAGUCCGCCAAGAUGUUCCAAGUCGCGCAAAGAGGCGUGGAGAGAGCAAUGCUCGUCAUUUCGCGACACCGAAAAGGUAACGCUUAG